AUGAAUGGUAGGUCCCACGGUACACAUGCCAAUGAAGCCAUUCACAGCAACUCCUUCGAAGACACUCACAGCGACUCCUUCGUAGAUGAGGAUAGGACUCGUCUCAAUGGCCGUGGCACGAAUGGAACACACGGUAAUUACGCAACAAAAUCAAAUUCGAUGGAUUCCAGAUCCGACAUAUCCAACUCUUCGCAGAGCUCACCAUUACAGACCUCGUCUCCCAUGAGCAGCUUCAACGAGCAAACAUGUUACGACGAGCCGAUCGCUAUCGUCGGAAUGGGAUGUCGCCUGCCCGGCGACGCAACGUCUCCCUCCAAGCUGUGGGAUCUCCUGAUCAAUGGCAAAUCUGGCCAUGGGGAGAUGCCCAAGUCGCGAUUCAAUGCCCAGGGCUUUUAUCACCCGGAUGCAAGCCAUCCAGUCAGUGUCAACUCGACGGGCGGGUACUUUCUUGAAGACGACGUCCGGUCCUUUGACAAUGCCUUUUUUGGAAUUAAUAACCUCGAGGCCACCUACAUGGAUCCGCAGCAGCGACAACUCCUGGAAGUGUGUUUUGAGUGCUUCGAAAGCGCCGGCGUGACUUUGGAGCAGCUUUCGGGAGCGGACGUCGGCUGCUAUGUCGCAAAUUUUCUGGCGGAUUUCGUGGUGCUGCAAUCCAAAGACCCCGAGCUGUUCCACCGGUACAGUGCGACGGGCAUGGGACUGACCAUCCUCGCCAACCGCAUCAGCAACGCUUUUAACCUGAAGGGUCCUAGUUUCGUGCUCGACACCGCAUGCUCUUCGUCAUUGUAUGCGCUGCAUACGGCAUGCUCAGCAUUGCGCACCGGGGACUGCUCGGCUGCCGUAGUCGCGGGAGCAAACCUGGUCCAAACGCCUGAACUACACCUCACUAUGGUGAAGGCGGGGUUUCUGUCGCCAACAUCGCAAUGCCAUACUUUCGACUCGUCCGCUGACGGCUACGGCAGAGGAGAAGGCGUGGGUGCUUUAUAUCUCAAGCGACUUAGCGAUGCGAUCAGAGAUGGCGAUCCCAUCAGAUCCGUGAUUCGAGGGACCUCGGUUAACAGCAACGGCCACACCAAUGGCCUCACUUUACCCAGCGUCGCCGGCCAGGAGGCCGUCAUUCGAAAGGCCUAUGCCAUGGCAGGUCUACCUACAGAUGAAACUGAUUAUAUCGAGGCGCAUGGUACGGGCACAUCUAUUGGUGACCCCAUCGAGGUCGAGGCCUUGUCACGUGUAUUCCAACACAGAUCCGGUCGACCUACCCUGAUUGGUUCUGUCAAGACGAACUUGGGGCAUAGUGAAGCUGUGAGUGGGAUUACCAGUAUCGUUAAGGUCACUCUGGCAUUGGAAAACGGCAUUAUCCCUCCAACUAUUGGUAUCAAAGAGUUCAAUCCGAAAUUGAAACUUUCGGAGCGGAACGUGGAGGUCGUGACCAAGAACACAAAGUGGCCUGCAGGCAAUGUGGCGAGAGCAAGUGUUAACUCUUUUGGGUACGGAGGAGCCAAUGCUCAUGCCAUUCUAGAAGCAGCUGUUGCUCAUGUGCCGGAAGGCUACCAGAAGCAGCAGUCAAAAGUUGGGACGGGUCGAAAUUUUAUCUUGCUUCCGUUUUCCGGCCAUGACAACCGCGCGCUCCUCGAUCGCACCAGUAAACUCAAAUUGCCUUUGGACCGGGCCUUUGUCAACGAUCUCGCUUUUACAUUGACCUCUCGACGUUCAGCGCUACCUUGCCGUGGGUACUUCCUUUUGGAGAACCAAAAGCUCCUGUACGACAUAUCGCCCAACGUUAUAAAAACUCUUACCUCGGAGCCUUCGAGACUUCCGAUCGCUCUUGUGUUCACUGGACAAGGUGCACAGUGGCCUCGAAUGGGCUAUGAGCUUCUUUCGGCUUUUCCUGUUUUUCGACAAACCAUCGAGAAACUCGAUGAUUACCUCGCACGUCUACCGCAGCCUCCAGCAUGGUCUAUCCUAUCGACUCUCUCAGCAGACUCUAAUGAUAGUCAAAUCUCAAAGGCGUCACACUCUCAGACCGUGUGUACUGCGCUACAGAUCGCUCUUGUGGUCAUUCUUAAGGAUUGGAAUAUUGUACCAGAAGCAGUCAUUGGACACUCAUCGGGAGAAAUAUCUGCUGCAUUUGCCGCCGGCUACCUCACUGCGACAGAGGCGAUAGCCAUCGCUUACUAUCGUGGAUUGGUGGUCACACGUCUACCUCCUACUGGUGCUAUGGCAGCUGUAGGAUUGAGUUCUGAGCAGUGUGAGCAUGAGAUAACCGCACUCAAUCUACAGCGACAACUGAGAGUAGCCUGUAUCAACUCACCUAAAAGCAGUACUAUAAGUGGAGACUCUGAUGCUAUAGACCAGCUUGUCUCGACUCUUACUGGAAGAGAAGUAUUUGCGCGAAGGCUCAAGACCGACAACAAAGCCUACCACUCACAUCAUAUGCUUUCUGUUGGUUCUGAAUAUGAGGCGCUGGUUUCCUCGGUGUAUGCUAAGAGAAAGGCACGAAAUAUUGACAUAUCUACUACACAGAUGUUCUCUUCAGUUACCGGACGGCUUGGUGCCCGAAAGCUUAUUGAUAACCCGGCUUACUGGAGAAGAAACUUAGAAUCCCCCGUUUUAUUCAGCGAUUCCAUGCAAGCCCUUCUUCUUGAGAAUGCAUACCAUCUUAUAGAAGUUGGGCCGCAUUCAACUUUGCAGCAGCCCAUCGUUCAAAUACAAGAGGGCUUCGAAUCCGAGAAGAGUCCGUCACUCUACUCAUCGACGUUAUCACGAGGCAAAGAUGCCGAAAGUUCCCUACUCAAUUUAUGUGGCACGUUGUUCUUGAAUCAGCAUCCUAUCAAUUUGAAUAGAGCCAAUGGAAUCGUUCACACUACCAAAGGCUCAAGAACAUCUAUACAGAGGAACAGAGUACUUCAUGGCCUUCCCACAUAUAGCUGGAACCAUCAGACAAUACUCUGGAAUGAGUCAAGAUCUAGUGCCUUGUUCCGGGGGCGAGAACAUGCUCGUCAUGAUCUUCUAGGUUCACGGGUGUCAGAUGCAGCACCGCAGAAUUUGCAAUGGAGGAAUCUCCUGAAAGUCGAGGAUGUCCCAUGGCUGGCGGAUCACAAACUGGGCAGCACGAUGGUAUUCCCAGGUGCAGGCUACUUAGCUUUAGCCGCCGAGGCGCUGCGAGAAGUAGUGAAAUCUUCAGAUUCUCCAUUCCUAGGGGUUAGAUUUAAACAGGUUCACAUUCAGAAUGUCCUUGUUCUCGAAGAGGAGAAGCAUGGAAUGGAACUUUUUACGGAGUUGAGGCCAUUUCAAAUGUCUGGAGUUUCCUUCUCCGGAAACUGGUGGCAGUUUGAGAUUACGUCCCUUGCCGCAGACAUGACAACAAUUCAUGCCAGCGGGCUAGUUGCUGUGCUCGGAGAAGCCCCUACUUCGAGCACACGAUUGGACUUUUCUACAGAAACGAUGGAAGAGCAAGCCACACGCACUUGGUAUGACAAGUUCACAAAAGAAGGCUUACGGUUUGGACCAAUGUUCCGAUCGAUGACUAAAAUAUACAAUGACAGAUCAAAAAAAUUAUAUCGAACUGUUUCAGAAACGCAAUUGCUGUGUGGCGGCCGUUCUGAGCAUGGCACCCAAUCUGAAUAUAUGAUCCAUCCAAUCACUCUUGAUGCGUUAUUGCAGACUGCCAUAAUUGCUUCGGCUUCGGGGUCCGUUCCUCGGCUCCGGGGAAAGGUUCCUGUGACAAUUGGUACCGCCGAAAUAUCUGCGGCGGCAUUCAAAGAUGUUGGGCAGUGUUGCACCAUUUUCGCCGAUUCCGAGACCGUUGGUUUUGGUACGAUCAACAUCAAUGCCGAGCUCAGAAACCCGACAGGACACGUCCUUGCGACCGUUGGCGAUGUCAGAGCGGUUGCCUACAAUGAAAGCGGGUUGCAAGUUGAUGAUAAAGAGGAGCGCAAUCCAGUAUUAAGAACUUUAUGGAAGCUGGACAUUUCAACACUUGACUCAGCACAUUUACCGCAGUUUACGGAUUAUUUAAAUCGCUUCUCCGACCAACUCGACGGUGCGCUACGCAAUUCCGAUUUUGGGAGGUUCGCAGGCGCAGUGGAUUUGCUCACCCACUCAAACCCACGGUUACGAAUACUGGAAAUUGGCGAUGGCGACGUGCAGCAUUCAGCUACGCUACUUGAUUUGCUGCAUGUUGGUACCUCGUUGAAAAGAUUUCACUCAUACACAAGGUUAAAUCGCUUAAGAAAUGAUAGAGGAAAGAUGAUGGGAACGGAGAUUCGAGAUCCAGCACAACUACUGGCAAAUGAUAACGUUAAAAUCAAAGACGAUGCGCUUUUCGACUUGGUUCUCCUUCCGCCGUCCCUAGAAGCGACAUCGAGCCUGCUCACUCCCGAUAUUUUGAAGGCCUUGUCAUCUCACGCUAGUAUACUCUCAAGCAAUAAACCAACCGACAACACACUUCUAAACGAAUCCCGAUUUUCUCUAAUUUCUACGGCGACAGAUCCAACCCGACGCACUAUCACCAUUGCUCGUUCGAAAGAAGAGCUUGGACAAUCUAACAAAAAAAUUGAUUCGUGCGUUCUAAUUGUGGAACGGAAUACAUCGUAUCCGAUCAACCAUCAUCUCCAUUGCGCUUUAGAAGAAUAUUUUGGCCGUCAGGUAAAGAGGAUUUCGUUGGCAAGCGUCACCCAUGACAAAAUACCAUAUGGUUCAAUCGUCAUUUCAACUAUUGAACUGGAAGAUCCUGUCCUCGAACUUGCUGUUGCCGAUGAUAUCGAGCGCAUAAAAGUGGUAACCGACAAUGCCUCCAUACUCGUUUGGGUUACUGGAGGCGGGCUUUUUGAAGCGGCAAAGCCGUCUUUCUCCUUAGUUGGCGGGCUUGCUAGGUCCUUGAUGUUGGAACAGCCAUCUUUGAAGAUGUACACCGUUGACCUAGACACCAUGGAUGCUGACUUUACCUCAUCAUCGCAAAACAUUGUCAACGUCCUGCGACAAGCCGUAUUCAGCUCGAGGCCGGAGUUCGAGUAUCUGCAGCAUAAAGGUGCCCUUUAUAGUAGCAGGUUCGUGCCCGAAGAGUCGAUGAAUAAGCGUUUCCGACGUGGGCAAAACGGCGAAACAAGAUCGACGAAACUCAAAGAUGCAGGCAAUUGUCAAUUGAACAUUGGAAGUGCUGGACAACUCGACUCCCUCCGUUUCGAUCAACGCGCCCCAAGCGAUCCCUUAUUGCAGCCUGGCUUCGUUGAAGUACAGGUCAAAGUAGUCGGCAUGAACGCGAAGGACUUUUACGCCUUCCAUGGCAAAGUCGACACUAAGCUUUCCACUUGUAGUUGUGAAUUCAGUGGCACCGUUACUAGAGUUGCUUCGCGCGGAUCAAAAUUCCAGGUCGGUGACAGAGUCGUUGUGAUGGCACCGACACACUUUGCAACUUUCGAGACCGUUCCAGAAUGGGCAUGUUGUUUACUCAGAGACGAGGAAGAUUUCACAAUCUGUGCCACUAUUCCACUAGUAUUCUCGACGGCCCUUUAUGCGCUGGAGCAAAGAGCUCAACUGCAGGAAGGUGAAACAAUACUUAUCCACUCGGCAGCGGGCGGUCUUGGUCUUGCUGCAAUACAGAUUGCCCAGAUGAGAGGUGCCGAGAUAUUUGCUACUGUGGGGACGCAAGAGAAGAAAGACUUUCUGAUCAAAACAUUCGGUUUACUAGAAGACCAUAUCUUCAGCUCAAGAGACUCCUCGUUCUUGCCAAGCAUUCUCAAGGCAACUUCAGAACGUGGUGUUGACGUAGUGCUGAACUCUUUGACUGGAGAUCUCCUACACGAUAGCUGGAGUGCAUGCGCUGAGUUUGGUCGAUUUAUUGAGGUCGGUAAGAAAGAUAUCGUUGACGGUGGAAAAUUGGAUAUGUCAGUAUUCGAGCGGGGAGUAACGUUCACUGCCUUUGAUUUGUCGAAUCUGUUCUGGUCGAAGAAUAAGAGACAGCACAUUCAGUGGACUGCCCUUUUGAACAAGUCUAUGGAACUUUACCGAACAGGAAAGAUCACAGCCAUAGAGCCACUGAAGACCUUCGACGUCUCGGACGUUGUCCAAGCCUUCCGUUACUUUGGACUUUCUACGCGCCUUGGAAAAGCUGCCGUCUCCUUUGAAAACCCCGCGUCUGAAAUACAGGCAACUUUCAACUCCAAGAAGGCUUACGUCCUCAUCGGUUGUCUGGGUGGUUUAGGAAGGAGCUUGUCUAAAUGGAUGUUCCAGCGUGGGGCGCGAAGAUUUGUUUUCAUGGGCAGAUCUGGGGUUGACCGUGCUCCUGCAAGAGCGCUCGUCGAAGAUUUGAAGAAAAUGGGUGCGAAUAUCCUGGUCGUAAGGGGAGAUGUUAGUAAUGCUGAAGAUGUGGAGAAUGGCUUUGCGCAAAUAAAGGAUCCUAUUGGUGGUGUGAUUCAGGCUGCUAUGGGCCUCUCGCUCGCCCUCUUCACAGAAAUGACAAGUAAAGUAUGGCAUGGCGGCAUUGACCAAAAAGUCAAAGGAACCUGGAACAUCCACAAUUCCCUAGCCGGCCGCUCUACCAGCCUAGACUUCUUUUUGUGCACCUCAUCUAUUUCUGGCUCCAUCGGGGUUGCAACAGAGAGUAAUUACUGCGCUGCCAACGGCUUUUUAGACGCCUUUUGCCGCCAUCGUAGAAGCUUAGGUCUGCCUGCUACGUCCCUCGGCCUAGGGAUGAUAUCUGAGGUUGGUUUUCUCCAUGAAAAUCCCGAAAUCGAAGCUCUUCUCCUCCGCAAAGGUGUCCAUCCGAUCAAUGAAGACGAACUUCUUCAACUAGUAGAUAUCGCCUUGUCUCCCGAGGAAGUGGAUACUAGCGUGAGGAACAGUGGGAACUUCCCAGCUGACUACUUGGCUGAGGGCCAUAUAUUGACUGGCUUAGAGCUAUUAGGCCUUCAAAAAAUAAGAGCCAUGGGCUGGGAAAGACCGACAGCUGUUCUUGAUGAUCCUAGGACUGGUAUCAUUGCCGGCGCUUAUGCUGCAGCCGCUGCUUCUUCGUCAGACGAUUUACACGGCGAUGAAUCGUCACUUCCGUCUUCGGUGUCGUCAGCUCUGGCAUCUCACUCUGCUAUUCCAACCUCUCCCGACGAAGCUAUCAUACCAGAUCCACCCCUCAUCUUAGCUGUACAAGAUGUUGUUUCAGCAAAGAUCGGCGCACUGUUACUGGUAGGGAUAGAAGACUUGAGCCCCGAAAGACAAUUGGCCGACUUUGGUAUGGACAGCAUGCUUGCGGCUGAAUUCCGAGGCGCUGUAUUCCGAGUUUUCAAGAUCGAUGUUCCCUUCGCUACACUGCUUGACAAAAGAACUAGCGUUAGUAGUCUGGCUACCUUGGUAGCAGGGAAGUUAUUGAAAGCUUCGACUUUAUGA